AUGCUUGGUGGACGUCGCCUUUCAACGGGCGUUGAGGAUGAAGAGUCUGAAGCUUCUCUGGAAAAGGUACUUGAGAAGGGAAAAGAGACGCCGGAUUUUAGAAGAGAUACGUGGUGGAGGGAGUCACUCAGGCCAACGCCAGUACCAGGUUGUUACCCAGUUAGGGAUUUUCUUGAAGAUGCUCAGCUGAAUCCGGUGAAAGCAACAUAUAAUUUUAAAAGUGAAGGCAGAAAGAGGAUGUCUAUCUUCCAGCAAAUGCCUGAUUUAACACUACCAGACACUUUCAGAUACAAUCCUCCUUCAUUUGUGGAAUUGGCAAGGAAAAGGCCAGCAACGUAUUCUUUUAAGAGCACAUCAAGGGAAUGUCCCUCACGUUUAUCCUAUAGAGAUAAGACUAUCGAUGUUGAUCCAGGACAAUAUGAUCUUUUCCCUCCACCAGUCCCCACAUUGCCAACCAAGAAUUAUAUGUUUCGGUCUGCAGUUCAAAGGUUUCCCACUUUUGAUCCAAAAGAAGGACCAGGACCAGGUGAAUAUGAAAUAAAGGAAAGCCCGCCUACACCGAUACGAUCCAGCUUCCUGUCGAAAGUACCACGGCUGUUGCCAGCCCAUACUAAAGUACCUGGACCAGGAAGUUAUUGGCCUACAAAGCAAGCUCCAAAACAGCCUAGAACCAUUGCCAGUCUGGGCCGAGAGCACACAAUCUUCUUCAGCAACGUUCCUGAGCUUUAG